AUGGCAAGGACGCGCGGGAGGAGCAGGCGCAACGGGCAGGCAACCUUCUCCGAGCUCCGGGCGGAGCUGUUCCGGGAGGCGUAUGAGCUGAGCGUGCUCUGCGGCGCUGAGAUGGCGCUCGUUGUCUUCGACCCCGCUGGGAACGCCUUCGCCUUCGGCAGCCCUGACUCCGCGGAUGACGUCCUGCGCCGUCACUUCCCCGUCCCUGCCGACAACAACGAGCAAGAUGUGCCCCCUGUCGUCGACAAGCUGGAUGAGGCAAAGGAGGAGGACACUAGGGCGCCUACGGUGAUCACCAAGAAGCAGGAGACCACGCCGGCGACAACAACGGAGAAGGCGCGCAUGGCCGCCCUCCUUGAGAAGCUGCAGCCAGCUAUGGAGGGCAAGAGCUUCUUGUGGGAGGCGGACGUUGACAAGAUUGCCAAGACGGAUCUGCCGGAGUUCGUCUGGGCGCUGGAGCGGUUUAGGGACCGCACCGAAUCAGCAAUCCCUCCUGAGACACAGCCAGAGGGAACAAUAGACAAAUCCACUGCCCGCAAAAAAGUAGAUAAAUCCACCGGCACAUCUGAUUUGGACAAUCAUAUCUCUGAAGCUUCACCAGAUACUGAUGUUAAUGGAAGUGAUUUGGCCAACUCAGCACAUGAGCUACAGCCAUUAACAACCAACCAUCUUUGCUUGAAGUGCUCCUCAGCCACAGGCAACUCUGAAGCAAACUGCGUGUUCAGGUUCAGUGAAUGUGCUCGCUGA